AUGCCAUCCAAGCAUCCUCUUGUUCUACAAUUUAAUAGCCAACGGCUCUCUAGCAAGAUAUGCCAAGUAACAAGGCGAAGAGGAUUUGUUUAUGGUUGUUUACCUUGUAAGUUUGCGGUUCACAUUGAAUCUGUAUCAGCAUCUUUAGAUUUUGUUGUUGAAGAUAAAAGCCAUGAACAUCCUUUCACUUUGUUUACAAGGAGAUCAUCAUUCAUUUGUGAUGCAUGUGGUGUGGAAGGAAGUUAUGCUUCCUACAUAUGUUGUACAAGCAAAAUUAUGGUCCAUAAAAAGUGCACUUCAUUGCCACGCAUCAUCAAAAGCAAGUGGCAUGAUCAUCGCCUUUUUCACAAAUAUUUCCUUUUUAGAGUUUUGAAUUGCAUAAUGUGCAAUGAUGAAGUCAGUACAGACUAUGGUAGUUACUAUUGUUCAGAGUGCGAUGUUAUAUUCCAUGUGAAGUGUGCAAUGAAGAAUAAAGAUUCAUAUGAAAUAGCAGAAAAUGAAGAUAAGGAAUCUGCUGAUGUUAGCUCCAUAACCAAUGUUCUUGAAUGGAAUGAUGCUGGAAAAGCCACUGUAAUAGAACAUAUCUGUAGGAACUAA